AGGACUCGGCUUACUCUGUGGUUUGUUUACAUACAUACAUACUCCCAGAAAUUGAACCUAGUUCUUCUGGGAUUCUCCUCACAUACUUAUUUUUGUUUGUCAAUCUUCAAGGGACGAAAAUGGCAUCUCUACUCGCUAACGGAAUCGCGGGCUUCUCUCUUCAGUCCCAGACGGAAACGCCGAAGAUCGCCAGAGGCCCUUACAGAAAGCUUGUUUCUUUCACGCCUUUAUACCGUAAAACCUCAAUUUCUAGAGUCUUUCAGGUCAGGGCCGACUAUGAAUCCAAAACCCUCGAUUCGGAGACCUACAGCUCGUCUUCUUCAGGUAAGCUUUCCGAUAACGAAGACCCAAUUCAGAAAUUCCUCAAGCGUGAUUAUAAAUGGGGUUUCAAUGAAGACAUAGACUCUUUUACGAUUCCCAAAGGGCUUUCAGAGCAAACAAUUCGGUUGAUCUCUUCGCGUAAGAAAGAACCCGAUUGGAUGCUCGAGUUUAGAUUGAAAUCUUAUGAGAAAUUUCUCAAGAUGACAGAACCCAAGUGGUCUGAUAAUCGCUAUGAACCUAUUGAUUUUCAAGAUAUGUGUUAUUACUCUGAACCUAAACAGAAACCAUCCUUGAAUAGCUUAGACGAGGCUGAUCCUGAACUGCUUAGGUACUUUGAGAAAUUGGGUGUUCCCCUGAAUGAACAGAAUAGGUUGGCUAAUGUGGCAGUUGAUGCUGUUCUUGAUAGUGUUUCAAUUGCCACGACUCAUAGGAAGACACUGGAGAAAUCCGGUGUCAUAUUCUGUUCAAUAUCUGAAGCAAUUAGAGAAUACCCUGAUUUAGUUAGAAAAUAUCUAGGCAAGGUUGUUCCUCCAGAAGACAAUUUCUAUUCUGCGCUGAAUGCAGCUGUUUUUAGUGACGGCUCUUUCUGCUAUAUACCAAAGGACACGAAAUGCCCUAUGCAAAUCUCUACAUACUUUCGGAUUAACGCAUUGGAAACUGGGCAAUUCGAGAGAACUCUUAUAGUUGCUGACGAUAGGAGCUUUGUGGAGUAUCUUGAAGGCUGCACAGCUCCAUCCUAUGAUAAGAACCAGCUUCAUGCUGCUGUGGUUGAGUUGUAUUGUGCUGAGGAAUCUGAGAUCAAGUAUUCAACUGUACAGAACUGGUACGCUGGCGAUGAGGAAGGGAAAGGAGGGAUUUACAAUUUCGUUACGAAAAGGGGCAUUUGUGCUGGUGCUAGAUCGAAGAUAUCGUGGACACAAGUGGAAACUGGAUCUGCAAUUACUUGGAAGUACCCGAGUGUGAUUCUUGAGGGAGAUGAUUCUGUUGGAGAGUUCUAUUCUGUUGCGUUGACGAAUAACUAUCAGCAGGCAGACACAGGGACGAAGAUGAUUCACAAGGGAAAGAAUACGAAGAGCCGAAUCAUCUCCAAGGGAAUUUCUGCUGGGAAUUCGAGAAACUGCUAUAGAGGACUUGUUCAGGUGCAGUCGAGGGCUGAUAAUGCUAAGAACUCGUCUCAGUGCGAUUCGAUGCUCAUUGGCGAUCGUGCAGCUGCCAACACUUACCCCUACAUUCAGGUGAAGAAUCCGACAGCGCGUGUUGAACAUGAGGCAACCACGUCCAAGAUUGGGGACGAUCAGCUGUUCUAUUUCCAGCAGAGAGGAAUCGAUUACGAGAAAGCAAUGGCGGCCAUGAUUUCAGGAUUCUGCAGGGAUGUGUUCAACGAGCUUCCUGAUGAGUUUGGAGCUGAAGUGAACCAGCUUAUGAGUUUGAAGCUUGAAGGAUCUGUGGGUUAAGCCUAAGCAGCCAGUAGUAAUUUUCAUAAACAUGGAUAAUUCUCACAUCUUCUUGUCUGGAGAUUUUGUUUGGCUGUUUAAAGAAGAAAUAGGUGUAUUAAAUGACUUGAAAGUGAUGAAGUAAUAAUAACUGAUGUGUGUAAAUAAUGUUGUAUUUAAAUUGAAAUAAGAAUUUGAUUUCUA